AUGUCUGGCCAAAAAAAAAUCUUCAUAACCGGAGCCUCUGGCUACAUUGGCUCCGUAAUAACCCAACAAGCCAUCACCUCUGGUUAUACCGUCCACGCGCUCUCCCGCAGCUCUCCCUCGGACUCCAAACUCUCCUCCCUCGGCGCUACCCCUAUCCGUGGAGACCUCUCAACCCACGACAUUCUAACCCGCGAAGCCGCCGCCGCAGACAUAGUCAUCAGUCUCGCGGACGCGCUCGCCGGAAACUUCGGCACCAUGACGAUGGAAGAACGCGUCCGCAUCAACAAUGGCGCUCUCACCGCUCUCGCCGAAGGCUUGAAAGGAACCGGAAAACCCCUCGUAGUAACAUCGGGGUCUCUAGCCGUAGCCGCGGAUCCCGAGGGUAAGGAGACUAACGAGUCUUCACCGCCGUGGUCAGACUCGCCGUUUAGUACUGGUAGCGAGGACCAUGCAUUUGGGUUAGGGAAAGAGCUUGGAAUCCGGAUCUGUGCAAUUCGUCUCGCGCCCUAUGUCUACGGCCGGGGUGGAAGCGGAGUUAAAUUGUUUAUGGGUAUGGCCGCAGCAGCCGGAUCGGUCUUCUAUGUUGACAGCGGCUCUGUGCGCAUUACAACUGUGCAUGUUGACGACGCGGCUCGACUCUACCUCCUUGUUGCUGAAAAAGGCCGAGCAGGAGAAGUAUACAACGCCACGUCGGAGACGCAUGUCACACAGCGUCAGCUCACUGAGGCCAUGGGCAAAGUGCUGGCUCUUCCAGUGCGGGAGCAGUCGUAUGCUGACACGGAGGCGAAGAUGGGGCUGUUUUUUGCAAAGUUUUUGAGCCUGGAGAAUAGGGCUGGGAAUAGGAAGGCGAUGGAGGAAUUUGGAUGGGUGCCACAGGCUAAAAAGGGGAUUCUAGAGGAGAUUGCGAGUGGUUCUUAUGUGGAAGUUGCUGAGGGAUUACGGAAGCCGAAAGCUUGA